AUGUCUUUCUGGCAACCCCCUCCUCCUCCCAAAACCAAGCUCGGGCGCUACCGCCAGCUCGCUCCAACCGCCAGCGUUCAUGUCUCUCCGCUCUGCCUUGGUGCCAUGAGUAUCGGCGACAAGUGGGCCGGUAUGGGGGCGAUGAACAAAGAGUCCUCGAUGAAGCUCCUGGACGCUUUCUUUGAGGGCGGCGGGAACUUCAUCGACACGGCUAACAACUAUCAAGACGAGUCGUCAGAGGAAAUCAUAGGCGAAUGGAUGGAGACGAGGGGCAUCCGCGAUCAGCUCGUGAUUGCUACGAAGUACACCACGAACUACAAGAACGCCGACGACUCUGUCUCUAUCAAAGUCAACUUUACGGGCAACCACGUGAAAUCCAUGGCAAUGAGCGUCCGCGAUUCUCUGCGCAAGCUCCGCACGGACUACAUCGACAUCCUCUACGUGCACUGGUGGGACUACAACACCUCGGUCGAGGAGGUGAUGGACGGCCUCCACCGCCUCGUCAUGCAGGGCAAAGUGCUCUAUCUAGGCGUGUCCGACACACCCGCGUGGGUUGUCGCGAAGGCGAACCAGUACGCCCGCCUGACGGGGAAGACGCCCUUCGUAAUCUACCAGGGCGCGUGGAACGUCAUGCAGCGCGAUUUUGAGCGAGAUAUAAUCCCCAUGUGCCGCGCCGAAGGUAUGGCGCUGGCGCCUUGGAACGUCAUCGCCGCGGGCCACUUCCGCACGGACGAGGAGGAAGAACGGCGCCGGAAGACCGGCGAGAAAGGGCGUACCAUCUUUGGGCCCAACUGGGAGCGCACGGAGGACGAGAAGAAGAUGUCCCAUGCGCUCGAGAAGGUUGCGAACGAAGUUGGCGUCAAGUCGCUCACAGCUGUUGCUAUCGCCUACGUCAUGCACAAAACACCCUACGUCUUCCCUAUUAUUGGAGGCCGCAAGGUCGAGCAGCUCCAGGACAACCUCCAGGCACUGGAUAUAUCUUUGACGGAUGAACAAAUCAAGUUCUUGGAGAGCAUCCUACCGUUCGAUCCCGGCUUCCCGCAUAGCAUCCUCGGCAAUGGCACAGACUCCGCGCCAUGGUUUAAGAUCAAUGCGCCUUUCGACAGAGUCGAGGCCCAGAAGCCCAUUCGCCCAACCCAGAACUGA